AUGAAUACACCUCCAGAUGGAGCCCCGUCUGCCGACACCGGGCAGGGCAUCACCAAAUAUUACUUUGCCUAUGGGAGCAAUCUUCACCUAGAGCAGAUGAAGCGAAGAUGCCCUGGAAGCAAAUUCGUCGGCUGUGCAAAGCUGUGUGACCAUCGCUGGCAGAUCAACGAGCGUGGUUACGCAAAUGUGCUUGAGGCUCAGGGCCACUGGGUUGAAGGUCUCGUCUAUGAAAUCAAUGCCCGCGACGAGGCACGCCUCGAUGUCAAUGAAGGCGUUUCCAAGGACGCAUACAGAAAACAGUACAUGCCUGUCAUUUUGCGGCGUGCCGAACCAGCCCUGUAUCGCCGGCCUGUGUCUUGGAUCGUCAAUAAUGGUGGCCCAGAACAGGCUCGCCAUCUAGCCCAGCCAGGAGAUGGACCGAAAAAACCUAUCAACCAUAAACCACACGUGGAACAGAAUAUCUUGGUAUACAUCAGUCCAAGAUACAUCGUCGACAGCCAGCCCAAGGAGGAGUAUAUCAACCGGAUCAACUCGGGCAUCGUUGAUGCUAGAUCCUUGGGCGUUUCUAAUGACUACAUCAGCAACUGUGUUCGACCCUUCAUCCCGGCAUCAUCAGGCCAAAGCUCAGGAACUAAAGAUUCAACAGGGGCUGCAAAAACCACAACACUACAAAAGCCCAAAGUUGUAAGAAAAUCCGCAAGUCCCGCGAAGAAGCCCAAGCCGCCUGUUCGCGAGGUCAAGCAAACUACGCCGCCCCGAGGAAGGGCAACAUCGCCGAGCCAGCCGGCCAUCUAUAGACCUAUACAUAUACAAACUCAAGGACCUCAGGGUCCGCGAUUCAUCAGGACCGCCGUCUCAAACGCUCCCGAGCGGCUCAGGCGACAUUCGCAGCCACGCUCGCACGCAGCUUCAGCGCCACCACUUCCCCCGAGGCCGAUGGCACCGUACUACUUCGGGAACACUCUACCCAUUCCCGUCACAGCCCGGCAACGAACUUCUUCAGAGGUUGGCGCGCCGCCGCCUCCUUUGCCUCCUCGGCCUCGUCGAGUGCGCAGUAUACCCGUAAUAGUCACUCAGGAAGGUUAUGGAGGUCCAUGGUAUCAAUAA